GGUCAGUUAGGAAGUUUACACCAGUGAUACUGUUGACCAAUCUCAUGAGUAUGGGUAGUUCAGAUGAGAUGACUGUCGUGUCUGCACGCGCCUGUGACGGAUGCCGGCGAAUGAAGAUCAAAUGCGUCGGCAGGGAACAUCCCCCUUGUCAGCGAUGUAAAAGUAUGUCACUAGCAUGCACGGUCGGAGAAGCGGCACCUCUCCCUUUCAAGCCAAGACUGGCCGCAGAGCAAGUGCAAGAUGAUUCCAGCUGGUCUGACUUCACUUAGGCGUGUAUCGUCUUUGGAGCAGGAUGUCCGUCAACUGCAGACUCAAGUCACCGAGAUACUUGGCAUGCUGAGACACCAGCACCCUUCAGCCUCUAUGAACAUUA